AUGCACUUGCUGGGCUUCUUGUCUCUGGCGUGUUCCCUGCUCGCCGCUGCGCUGAUCCCGGGUCCCCGCGAGGCGCCCGCCACCGCCGCCGCCUUCGAGUCGGGACUGGGCUUCUCGGAAGCGGAGCCCGACGGGGGCGAGGUCAAGGCUUUCGCAGGCAAAGACCUGGAGGAGCAGUUACGGUCAGUGUCCAGUGUAGAUGAGCUCAUGUCUGUCCUGUACCCAGACUACUGGAAAAUGUACAAGUGCCAGCUAAGGAAAGGUGGCUGGCAGCAGCCCACCCUCAACACCAGGACAGGGGACACUGUAAAAUUUGCUGCUGCACAUUAUAACACAGAGAUCCUGAAAAGUAUUGAUCAUGAGUGGAGAAAGACUCAAUGCAUGCCGCGUGAGGUGUGUAUAGAUGUGGGGAAGGAGUUUGGAGCGGCCACAAACACCUUCUUUAAACCUCCAUGUGUGUCCGUCUACAGAUGUGGGGGCUGCUGCAACAGUGAGGGGCUCCAGUGCAUGAACUCCAGCACAGGUUACCUCAGCAAGACGUUGUUUGAAAUUACAGUGCCUCUCUCUCAAGGCCCCAAACCAGUCACAAUCAGUUUUGCCAAUCAUACUUCCUGCCGAUGCAUGUCUAAACUGGACGUUUACAGACAAGUUCAUUCAAUUAUUAGACGUUCUCUGCCAGCAACAUUAUCACAGUGUCAAGCAGCCAACAAAACUUGUCCGGCCAACUAUGUAUGGAAUCACCACAUGUGCCGAUGCUUGGCUCAGCAGGAUUUUAUCUAUUAUUCAAAUGCUGAGGAUGACGCAACCAAUGGAUUCCAUGAUGUCUGUGGACCCAACAAGGAGCUGGACGAAGAUACCUGUCAAUGUGUCUGUAAAGGGGGGCUUCGGCCAUCCAGCUGUGGACCCCACAAAGAACUAGACAGAAACUCAUGCCAGUGUGUCUGUAAAAACAAACUUUUGCCCACCUCAUGUGGAGCCAACAGAGAAUUUGAUGAAAACACAUGCCAGUGUGUAUGUAAAAGAACCUGUCCUAGAAACCAACCCCUGAAUCCCGGAAAAUGUGCUUGUGAAUGUACAGAAAACACACAGAAGUGCUUCCUAAAAGGGAAGAAAUUCCACCAUCCAACAUGCAGUUGUUAUAGACGACCAUGUCCAAAUCGACUGAAGCAUUGUGAUCCGGGACUGUCAUUUAGUGAAGAAGUAUGUCGCUGUGUCCCAUCAUAUUGGAAAAGACCACAUAUGAACUAAGAUAUACCAAUUUUCAGUUCAUCAUUUUACUGUCUUGAAAAACUGUUGCCACAUUAGAACUGUUUAUGCACAGAAAGACUCUGUGGGACCACGGUGACAGAGGCCCAAGUCUGUGUUUCCUGAACCAUGUGGUUAGCUGCAGGAAUGGACUGGCACUCAUCUGAAAAGACCUCUUCAAAGAAUGGUUUCCUACCGGUGACCAGACAGCUGAGGUUUUUCUCUUGUGAUUUAAAAAAAAAGAAAAAGAAAAAAAGAAUGACUAUAUAAUUUAUUUCCACUAAAAAUAUUGUUCCUGCAUUCAUUUUUAUAGCAAUAACAAUUGGUAAAGCUCACUGUGAUCAGUAUUUUUAUAACAUGCAAACUAUGUUUAAAAUAAAGUGAAAAUUGUAUUAU